UACAAGAGAGUGGAGUCCUUAAAAUUAGAUAAUAUUAAUAAUAUUAGUCGCUGUUUUUAUGUUGUUCACCUGUUUAAGUGGCGGUUUUCUAAAGGUGGCUUAAGUGGGUUAAGGCGAACAUCAGGAAUCCUGAUAUUCCGGGCCGGACAUCGAAACGACCGGGGCGAACAUCCAAAGAAAGCCGUAAAAAUUAAAUAAAACGUGCUUAAUCGAACGCUAUAUCAUUACAAUUAUAAACAAUUGGCCGAGCCGACUCGUCUGCUUUUACGUAAGAUAUUCCACCAAAUUACUGGAGGGUGCGCUGUUCUUGUUUUUGUUUGGGCUGCUGCUGCUGCUAGAAUUUUGCAAAACCCACUCGCACACACAUACCACCUGUUUGUUUAUAACCAACACAAAGACAUCCGGACAGAUAGACAGAGGAGCGGAGCCCGUGGAGCCACAAAUAGUUGGGGAAUUGCGUGUGUGCGCCCCCAUGAGUAGUAAUCGUAACGUAGUUUUCCGCAGUCGCCUCCGAAAGUCGCGUGUCGCACACAUUCGAUCAUUUAUUUAUGGCGUCAAAUGCGCAGCUCGGAAAAAUCAUUUUGAUAACCGCAAUCGCCGUGUUUUUCUACUAUUUCUUUUGGGUGGCGGUGCUGCCGUUUAUGCUCAUCGAUGAAGGCAAUCCCAUAAGGCUGUUCUUUCCGCCUCUGAAGUACGCAUUCAUAGUGCCUUUUAUAUUCGGGGUAAUCUUCCUCGGCGGCAUUGCCGCGUUCUCCUUCUACCACAUUUGGAGCCUAAAGGUGAAGCGCGAUUAGAGCAGCACACGCAGCACAAGCGAUCCGGUAAGGUUAUCACUUGGAGCCAACGCGCUGCGAUUAAACUGAAUAUAGG